UUCCCAAACAAGGAAUUAUUAUUAUUAUCCAUUUUUUUUCUUUUUAAUGGGGUUUGGACAAUAACCACAAUCUGAACCAAAAUAAUGUUGCCCUUCUCUUACAAGGUCAAAUCCAUUGCUUCCCUUAGUUUCCUCUGUUUUCUCAGCACAAUCUUUGGAACAACGGAAUUCGAUUUCGGGACAUUAACUCUCAGCAGUCUAAAACUCCUAGGCGACGCUCACUUAAACAACGGGAGCGUGAGCCUCACUCGCGAACUCCAAGUACCUUACUCCGGCUCCGGCAGAGUUUUGUAUUCGAAGCCGGUGAGAUUCCGGCAACCCGGAACCCACUCCGCUUGUAGCUUCUCCACUUUCUUCUCCUUCUCCAUCACCAACCUCAACCCUUCCUCCAUCGGCGGCGGUUUAGCCUUUGUCAUUUCCCCCGACGCUGAAUUCGUCGGCUCUGCCGGCGGGUCUUUAGGUCUCCUCGAUGAAAAGGGUCAAGGCCUGGGGUUCGUCGCCGUGGAAUUCGACACUCUAAUGGACGUUGAACUCAAAGACAUUAAUGGAAACCACGCUGGGUUGGAUCUCAACAGUGUGGUUUCUUCUCAAGUUGGCGACUUAGGAGCUGUGGAUAUUGAUCUGAAGAGCGGCGAUCUCGUUAAUUCGUGGAUCGAAUACGAUGCUUUGUCGAAUGCUUUUAAUGUCUUCAUUUCGUAUUCGAAUUUGAAACCCAAAGAACCCAUUUUAUCAAUGACUUUGAAUCUCGGCCAGUAUGUUAAUGAUUUCAUGUACGUUGGGUUUUCGGGCUCAACCCAAGGCAGCACUGAGGUUCACAAUAUAGAAUGGUGGAGUUUUAGCUCUUCUUUCGAGUCAAAUUCAGGGUCAACAUCUUCUCAGACGCCACCGCCUCCGCCAACGUCUACUUUAAUGAACCCAACAGCAAAUACAGCUAAUACCCCACCGCCUUCAUUGGCUCCAUCAGGUUCCGAUUCCAUUUACACCGCUCAAGGAAAGACCAGUAAGUCAUCUUCUUGCCAUAACCAGCUCUGCAAACAAGGUCCAGGGGCGGUUGCCGGAGUGGUAACUGCCGGAGCUUUCUUUUUGGCCUUAUUUGCGACGGCUCUAAUCUGGGUUUACUCUAAAAAGUUCAAAAAAGAGAGAAAAUCUGAGUCUUUUGCGUCGGAGAUCAUCAAAUCGCCAAAGGAAUUCACUUAUAAAGAGCUUAAAGAAGCCACGAGAUGCUUCAAUAGCAAUAGAAUAAUCGGGCACGGCGCCUUUGGGAUUGUUUAUAAAGGUAUUUUAUCUGAUAAUGGUGAUAUUGUGGCAGUAAAGAGAUGCAGCCAUAGUAGUACUCAAGGGAAGGCUGAGUUUUUGUCUGAAUUAACAAUAAUUGGGACUCUUAGGCAUCGAAAUCUCGUGAGGUUGCAAGGAUGGUGCCAUGAAAAGGGAGAAAUUUUGUUAGUUUACGAUUUAAUGCCCAAUGGGAGUCUCGAUAAAGCAUUGUAUGAAGCUCGAACGCCAUUGCCAUGGGUUCAUAGGCAGAAAAUAGUCCUAGGCGUUGCCUCUGCAUUGGCCUAUUUGCAUCAAGAGUGUGACCAUCAGGUUAUCCAUAGAGAUGUCAAGACCAGCAACAUAAUGCUCGAUGAAAGGUUCAAUGCAAAGCUGGGCGAUUUCGGUUUAGCUAGGCAAGUCGAGCACGAUAAGUCCCCAGAUGCCACGGUGGCUGCAGGCACGAUGGGAUAUCUAGCACCCGAAUAUCUUCUAACAGGACGAGCCACUGAAAAAACAGACGUAUUCAGCUAUGGUGCAGUGGUUCUCGAGGUGGCGAGUGGGAGGCGACCUAUAGAGAGAGACGGCAUGGGCAAUAGUUUGAAAUGCAAUACCAAUUUGGUGGAAUGGGUUUGGGGUUUGCAUCAGGAAGGGAGAUUGUUAAAUGCAGCCGAUCCAAGGCUCGAAGGUGAGUUCGAGGAGGGCUUGAUGAGGAGGGUUCUAAUGGUGGGGUUAGCUUGUUCGCACCCCGACCCGAUGGCUCGACCCACAAUGAGGGGUGUGGUCCAGAUGCUAGUGGGUGAAGCCGAGGUUCCCGUGGUUCCAAGAACCAAACCUUCAAUGAGUUUCACCACUUCUCAUCUGUUGUUGAGCUUGCAAGAUAGUGUAUCGGACUGCAAUGGCGUGGUUACCAUCUCUAGUUCCUCAUCGGAAAAUAGCUACAUUGGCCCUGAACUAGUGUAAAUCAGAGGUCAGAGAUUCAACAAUCUUUUUCCAUCGACUCAUGUUACUCAUUUCUUCAUUAUAUAUGUAUGUAUGUAUGUAUGUAUGACGGAAUAACACAAGUAAUGUAAGUGUUCAAUAAAUCUGGAUUCAUCGCUAGAGUAGGAGGCUGUUUGGGGACAAAGAAAAUGGUUGGUAGGAGUCAAUUUCUAGGUAAAGGGAAUCUUAAUUUUUUGUUUAUGGAAGGUUGGAUGGUUGCUUUCACAAGCAAUCCCCCAUUGUCAAAAACCGACACUAGAGCUUUGAGUGGAGGCUUGGUAAAGCAUUGAACAGUUGCUGCUGAAAGUGGGAUUAAGCUGUAUUGACCGUUACUGUCCAAAUCGAUUUUCUCUUUUAUUAUUAAUUUGGCAUAAUGCUAAA